AUGCGGCAUACAGUGCGGUUAGACACGGAGAUCAACCAGAAAAUCCAAACAAUUGUGCUGGAAAUGUCGAAAACGAGCCGAGUGGAGCUUACGUCCACAGUGGAUCGUGAAGGAUCCGGUGUACCAACGGGCACGUUGACAAAACAUGGUUUGCUCCCCUUACACAACAUCCCGGAGAUUGUUUUCUCAAUGCCACAUCUCACGGAGCUCAAUCUGAAAUGCAACGAUAUUUCAGUGUUGCCCAAGGAGAUCGACGCGCUAGUGGCACUUCAGGUUCUCAUUCUGUCAAAGAAUAUCAUCGCUGUGCUUCCAGACUCGUUGACUAAACUCACAAAACUACGCGUAUUGGAAGUUGCGAGUAACCAACUCACUGCGUUGCCUGAAUCUCUGGGGAAACUGGAAUCGCUUGAAAUUCUUCGUGCUAAUCGUAACCAGAUUGCAAAACUUCCUGAAAGUAUUGGCUUUUGCAUGAAAUUGCGAAUUCUCAACGUGUACAACAAUUUACUCACAGAACUCGGGAAACCAGUGAGUAUCCUCCCAGAACUGCUUGAACUCAAUGUGAGCAACAAUCAACUCACGAAACUCCCAACCGAAUUAUUACGAUGGAAAAAGUUACGGCGAUUAUUGCUUCAAGUGAAUAAUCUUGAAUCACUUCCAGCAUUUGACAAUUUAUGCCACCUUGAAGUUUUGCAAUUGCAACAAAACGAGUUGAAAUCUCUACCAAGUAUGAAAAACCUCGUGCAUCUGGUGAAACUCGACGCGAAUAGCAACAACAUCAGUGAACUACCAACUGAAGUUGCUCAAAUGUUUGCACUCGCACAUCUAAAUCUUCGUCGCAAUAAGUUCGAGGAGAUCCCUGCGCAACUCGCACGUUGCUUGGCAUUAGAAAUUUUGGAUCUUGGUGAAAACCCAAUUAAUUCACCAGUACCUCCAGAGUUUGCAGAACUCUCCAAGCUGCGUACACUGUUACUGGACGGGUGUAACAUCACAGUGUUACCAAUCGAGCUUAUCGGUCUCAGUGGUGCGUGCCGUGUACAUUUGGGUGCAUGCUUGAAAAUGGAUGACCCGGAGACGUGUGAAGUGGUUCUGGGACUUAAAGACAGCUGCAGUCGUAGAGGAGGGUGGCUCAAGAUAGGAGACUGGAAGACCGAGCACCGAACUGAGAGUAUGUCGUCGGAUUUCUGGGAUCUUUAUGAGGAGCUGGAAGGCCAAAUACCAGAUGAACCUGCACGGAAGAGUAGAGUUACAGGAGGCGAAGGCAGCUCCGACUUUUUCGCUGGUAGGAAGAAUCUCACAUCAUGUAAAUAA